AUUUCAAGCAGGACCCUGGACCCAAGACGGUUGUGCGGCUCACCACGGAUUCAUCCAUCCUACUUGCUACCACCUCGGCUGUUUUGCCUGUCACAUCUGUGCAACCAGUUGCCACCCCUUUGGCACCGCUCCCUACCGAGGAAGUUAUUCCUGAUUCAGCUACCAGCGGUCUGUACAUCCCCAGGAUUUCAGAAGCCCCAGCAGUCACCAUCUGGAAAGCAGUCGGCGUUACGGCGACCCCUGCGGCCCGCGACGUCGCUACGACUACGACAACUGCUUCUAGCAUGGCGACAACAGCCUCCACCACAACGGUUACCUCAAGACCCACCACUGCCCUGAGGGACCUGCUGCCUGUGAUCACAAUUGUUGCCGUGACACAGUCGAUGAUGCUCGAAACCCCAACGACGAUGGCGACUGUAGCCAGAACGGAAAUUCCAGCUCCCCCUCUGGGGACGACCAGGGAGACAAAGGUCAGAGAGACGGCCCAGCUCAGCACUUCGCAGGAACCAGACGUUACCACAGGGCCCCAGCCUCCCACAGCAACCCCCACGGAGGCUGCUCAGGCAGAACCCAUGGAAACGACGCUUUCCACAGUUACAAUGAAUGAACUUGACGUUCCCAUCAGUGGGGACUUCGAGAUCCACGAGGAGGAAGAGGUAGCUCAGACUGAGCUCGGCAAUGAAGUGGUGCCUCUGGUCACGCCUGCAGCUGAGCCGGGGUUGAAAAAGAAAGUGGAACCAGGGCUCUUGGACAACACCAUAGAGUCUGGGAAUUCAGCAGCACAACUGCCCCAGAAAAACAUACUGGAAAGGAAAGAAGUGCUCAUAGCUGUGAUUGUGGGAGGGGUCGUUGGGGCCCUCUUCGCAGCCUUCCUGGUGAUGCUCUUGAUCUAUCGGAUGAAGAAGAAAGAUGAAGGAAGCUACACGCUGGAAGAGCCCAAGCAGGCAAGUGUCACAUACCAAAAACCUGACAAGCAGGAGGAAUUUUAUGCAUAGACUGGAACCUUGAGUGCCUCGCCAUCUCUUUCGGUCUCAAUGCUGUCCCUUUUUUUAACAACAACAACAACAAACCCAUCUCUGAUUCAACCCGUCUCUUUCUAAUUGAGUCUAUCAAGUUUAACCUGAAAGAUUGAAGAAACCAACUGUUUUAAAAAGAGUUGCGCAUUUUUAGAAGGCAACAGAGCUGCACUCACCUUGUAGCGCAGGAGAUCCUUCAAGGAGUGCCGAUGUGGGAGGACCCAAGAGGUAGACCUUUUCGGAUGUCUCCUGGAAGAUCUUCUGAAAUUAACAGGAAGUCCUGGAUUCAUACCUAACUCAGGACUAAAAGCACUGAUCUUUUUUUUUAAAAAAAAAUUAAGUGGACACUUCUGGUUGUCAAUACUUUCUGAUACUCUUCAAGAUGAGGGUUUAACUUCACGUGCUAGAAGAUGCAAUAUUUGAUAGACCGGGCUGCUCACGAGCCAUCACCUCUUCCGACUGAGCAACUGUGCUGGACCCUUGGGAUUGCUUCCUUGAAGAUGUCACCUGGUCUGCAAGGGGCACUCCUUAACGCUCGUGUCUUGCUUCCUUUCUCCCUUCAUCCCAUCACCGUUCAACAGCCAAAAGACCUCAGAUGCUACCUUUCUGUUGCAAACCCAGCCUAGGUUUCCAACAGAAGCUUGUGCCCAGAUUUAUUGGGAUUCACUGUGACGUUAAACCUCGAUUAGCACAGCAUUCCACAUCUAGGCAAGAGGAUGAAGAGCAUUUUUCUAAGAUAUUGAUCGUGAGGAAGGAGAUGGCAAUACCUUUUUUUUUUCUUUUUUAGAAAGUCGAGCUAUCUUCUAAAA